ACAAUCCACUUCUGUCUCUGCAGUCGUUCCUUCUUGUCUAUCAUUGGUGGAGUGGUUGCCGGAAUUUGGGGAUUUACUGGCUUGAUGGGCUUUAUUUUUUAUUUCUUAAUUAUGGCAACUGCUUCUCUGGGAUUUGUGGCGAAGGCAAAAUUUUCGACACACAAAUACUUUGAUUGUCGGAACAGAAUUCUAAUGGAUGGAUUUCUGGGUGGCCUUAUGUCGUUCGUGCUGUUCUGGACGUUUGCUUAUGACAUUGUUCACAUAUUCUGAGCAAGGGGAGCAUUUGAUUGUACCUGAAGGUGACGCAGAAUGAUGGUAUCUAUUAUAUGCUAAUUAUGCACGCUGCAUUGUC